CGCAAGGAAAUGCAGCGAAGUGGCCGGCGACAAGAAGGCUGUGAAUCUCACUGCUUUUCUGAAUAGGGGAAUCGUUCAGGACCCCAGAGUGCAAGAAACUCUUUUCCAUCCUCUCCAUGUUCUCGUUCUUGCCUACUUUAUGGGGGGUCCGAUAACUACAUCAUACGUCGUCACCUUGAAUACCUGGAGACGACAAGCGGCAUCUACCGGCCCAGAUACAGCAGACCAAAGGAAUUUAACGAACUUCUAUACAGAGGGUGAUACUGGUGACAUUUUCGAGGAUCACCGCAUAACCAUGGUAUGGGAAGAGGGCGGUGAAGGUGGGUAUGUACAAAACCCCCAAGGCGUUCAUCAUGUGUUUUUCACUGGUGAUGCCAGACCCCGCGCGCCGCCCAUUCUCGAGGUUUCGAACAUGAAGCUUGAGGAAAAUGACGCUUGUCAGGUCAUUCUUUUCGACUCCAAGAAUGCUGCCCUGUUUUAUGAGCCCCAGGAUGCAACGGCUGUACGGCGGAGCAUAGCUUUCGAUCUGUACGUCAAUCUACACGUUCCGGGCUUUGAUGACAACGUCGAUGCUAUCAACGAAGCUGCUUGCCGUACGAUGACAUUGGGCCAUCUACUUACAACGACACCUAUCCCCGGAUACAAUGACCGUUUCCACCAACUGCUGUUCUCGCCUGAGUCAAUUGAGGCCAUAUUCGCGAAACUCGCCCAGCUGAAUAUCGGACCGCCGCCGAAUACGACUCCAGUCGCAACUGAGGAUCCAAACCUCAAGAUUAAGUUCCAGCAAUGGGAGGCCGAGAACAUCGCCAAGGCUGCAACCAUCUUCAACGCCCCGCUGCGUCUCCAAGGAACCUACAACAAUACGUUGGAUUUCCAAGACCGCCUGCGCGCCCGCAUGCUGAACGACAUGCGCCGUUCGUUUCUCGGCCUCAGAUUCUUCCCGCACAAGCCUCGCGAUGGAGACAAAGAGCCAGCACGCAUCUGGAUCCGCGAUAUGGGCAUGACGGAAAUUGUGCUUCGCGUGGGGCAAUAUUUCCCCAUCGCGCUGCCGCUGCAUCAGCCACAUCUGAUACCUCCGCACAAGCUGUCCCUGGGCGGCGCGGCGAUUUACCAGAAUGCCCUCGAGCUCAUCGCAAAUGGCUAUGCUGAUGCGGACGGCCUCCUCUACUCCGUAGGGACUUUAGCUCAAGCCCUAGGGGAUGCUUUCGGGGCCUACAAGGAGAUUCAGCAUAACCCGGAGCCAGAGAUCAAUGACAACGACCUGCUCAUCUAUCAGACGCGCUGCCUCUAUCUUUUCUGGUGUGCGGAUUAUGUCGCAGGCUGCAUGUCUCGGCGGGUGAAGAGUGAGUUUGUGAAGCCUAAAGUGGCCAAGGCUAAGAAGGGUGCGAUGGGACGGGAUGCGCAUGCCCUGCUUCUGAACUACGUGGCUUGGUGUUUGUUUGUGGAUGAGUUGCCUCCGCGACCGUUUCACGUUCGACAGCCUGUGGACGCCUAGAGUGCCGAGCAAGUUGUUGAUGCGCCAUACAUCGCGUGAUGGGGUAUGUAGUGUUGAACGGAGAGAUGUCGGCGUAUGGGCUUGGUGGAAGGCAGCGUGGGGUACGUAGUGUCGCGAUGAUGGUUAGCACCCGGUGUAGGUGUGAAGGUGCUUAAGCGUCAGGGAGAAUUCUAGGCUAAGUUGUCAGGACGCCUGGUGUGGAACGUAGUAUAAACUGUGAGCGCCAAUAGCGGUACAGUGUAG